AUGUUGCGUUAUUCGAAAUCAAUACGUUCACGUACGCAAUCACUAUAUCGGGAUGCUAAGCGACGUUUUAAUAAAUCAGUUCGAAGUCAUCAAUCAAGUGGAAGGGAACCGGGUCAUAAUGAAGGUUGUGUAGCUGUUGAUGAUUUCAAGGCAACCGAGAAGGGACAACUUUCCGUCACCAAGGGACAGCGAGUUGAGGUGAUAGAAUAUUACGGAGAUGCACCGGAAUGGGUGCUUGUUUCGAUUACUUGGGAAAAUGGUGAACAGCAACGAGGACUUGUACCUUGUUCGGUUAUUUCAUCUGUAGAACCAACAGGUUAG